CUUUUUUCCCUUCGAUCGUUUGUUCAUGCCUGCUCCCUUGCGGUCUCGCUCUUCUCAGCUUCUUCACUUGGCGCUUCAGACCUAAAACUCAAGAACCUCCUAAAUUAAGGAUUUAAGGAACUUGAUUGAGUGGCAGAAAUGAAGCGUCAAGUAAGAUGGGAUGAGCAUAAUCUGGGAGAAAUUGAGGCAAACAAACCUGUAAGACAGAAAAUAGCUGAGCCAAAGACACCAUAUCACCGUAUAAUUGAUGAUGAUGGAUCUUUGUCUCCUAUAAGGGUUGGCUCAAGUGAUGAGUCUCGGGAUGCAAUACAUGCUGAAGCUAUAAGGAAUGCAUUGAAUGAUGUUGCAUCUUCUCCAUCUAGUAAAAGUAAAUUGGGAUCUGAUGGUGGUUGGGAAUCAUCUGAAGAUGAUGAGGCAGAAGCAAUUGAUGAAGAUGGUGGAGGUUCAAAGCCAGGAAGUAGAAGCAGGUCCUUUAGGGAACACAGACGGGCCCACUAUGAUGAAUAUCAGAGGGUCGAAGAGCUGCGCUCAAAGGGUUCCUCCAUGGAAGAUGAAUUCGGUGAGGAAGAUGCUGAGAAAAGGGGUGGUGAAGAAGAUGUUGAAGAAGACGUUGAGAAAAGGAGCAGUGAAGAAGAUGGUCAGAAAAGGGGCAAUGAAGAUGCUGAGGAGAAAAGGGGCGGAAGAUGUGAUUUGUCCUCAUCUUUAACAGCCGGUGUUAAUAAUAUAGAAAUUGUGGAAGGUAGUCCUCCAGAUGCUAGUAAGAGUAUAGUAGUUAAUGAAGAAGGUAGUGAAGCUGUCGAUAAACAAUCAGCUCCAGCCAAUGGAAAAGUUGAUCCAGAACCCUUGCAGGUCAAUGUACCAUAAAAGUCAUAAUCUUUAACUGUUUAAUGAUUAAGCACCAAUUUUUGGGUUCUACAAGAUUUGAUUGGUAAGCUUUCUGACCAAGCAUUGUUUUAUGUUUGGAACAUGUGUUGAGAUUGAAGACUCUUCCAUUUUAUUAUUGUCUAAG